AUGACAUAUGUACAUAAUUAGAAAUGUUAUGUGAAAGUGACAGGGGAAGUGAUAUAUAUUGUUUUGUCGUGACAUGGGUACAUACAGGCCAGAACAUCUCAGAUGAGUUUGACCUCUUAGACAUUUAGAGAAAAAAAAACCAUCUUGCAGAGCAUUUCAAAUUAAAUUACUAGACUGUCUAAUAAAAAGUGAUCAGGUGGAUAGAAAAUAGAUAUAUACAUAUAUAUAGAAAAUGUUGAACACAGAAAAUCUGGCUCAGAACCAGCUGAAAUUUGCCAAUGUCAUACAAAAUAUUAAUAGAGAGUUACAGGAAAAAGGAUUUGUGAGAGAUGGGGGCGUGGACUCGGGCCUGGAAGACAUGAGUCCUACACAGCAAAAACUGAUAGGAAACAGGCAGCUUAUAACAGAUAUGAGAGCUCAGAACUUUGAUGUGAUCAGGUUUGCCACAUAUCGAACAGCAUGCAAACUGAGAUAUAUACAGAAGAAAACAAAUUUGGAGAUGGUAGAUAUUUGGAACAUAAUAGAAUGUUUCCGGGAGAAUGGACUGAACACGCUGGAAUCUGACACGGAGCUGAAUGCCUCGAGGGUGGAGGCUAUAUUAACAAGCCUGUAUACAUCACUAAAUAAACGUGUACCAACAACCAGACAAGUGGACGUGAAACUCUGUGUUAACAUGCUCUUGAAUUGGCUGAUUAGUGCAUAUGAUGGGUCAGGAUAUGGAAGGAUCAAGGUGUUUUCUCUGAAGGUAGCAUUGUCACAUCUGUGUUCAGGAAAACUCAUUGAUAAAUUAAGAUAUAUAUUUACCCAGAUAUCAGACUCGAGUGGACUGUUAGUAAGACAAAAGUUUGAGCAGUACUUGCAGGCUGUGCUGGCAUUACCUACGGCAGUGUUUGAGGGACCGUCCUUUGGUUACAACGAAACUGCAGUUAGAGCAUGCUUUGAUAUGAGAAGUGGCGUGAAUAUAAACAACUUUCUUAAUGUACUUGUGUCUGACCCUGGUCCCCAGUGUCUUAUGUGGAUGCCAAUUUUACAUAGGAUGAUUCAAGUAGAAAACGUGUUUCACCCUGUACAAUGUGAUGGCUGCCACAGGGAGUCAUUUAUGGGUUUCCGGUACAGAUGUCAGCGCUGUCACAAUUACCAGCUGUGCCAGGACUGUUUUUGGCGUGGACGCACCUCUGGCAACCAUAGUCAUGACCACCAGAUGAAAGAAUAUCUCUCCUAUAAAUCUCCGGCAAAGCAAAUAGGUCAUUCCAUAAAGAAGUCAUUCCACUGUGUUCCGAGUAAAUCACUGGAUGAGAAACCUCCGAGUUUCCCUGAACUACCUGAAAAAACAGUUGACCUGUCAUAUAUAGUUCGAGAACCUUCGGAUGAGUGCCUUCCAUUGUUAGUCAUACCGGCAACACCUAGCACUGUACGGAAUGGUUUCCGUGAUGUAUCCCCAGAUCUCAGCUCCAUAGGCAGUAGUCCACUGAUUCACAGAAGUCCUGGAAAACAGAGCAUUGGGAUCAGAUCACAGUCUACAGAUGAUGAACACAGACUAAUAGCUAGAUAUGCUGCCCGGCUUGCAGCGGACGUCAAAAAUGCUGCGCGAAGCCCACAGGAAAUGAAUUUUACACUGGAUACAAACAAGGCACAGAGAGAACUUAUUGCUCAACUUGAACAAAAAAAUAGAGAAAUUAUGAGAGAGAUACAGAGGCUACGUAUGGAACAGGAAGCGAACGCUAAAACCACCGCAAACGCCCAGUAUAACCCUACGUUAAUGGCGGAGUUACGAUUGUUGAGGCAACGAAAGGAUGAACUAGAAAAUAGAAUGACUGCAUUACAAGACAGUCGUAAAGAUUUGGUGAUGCAGCUUGAAGCUCUGAUGAAGUUAUUGAAGAACCAGCCUACCUCUCCCAGACUGACUCCUCCGGACAGUUAUCAUAGUUACAGUGCCUCCUCGCCUUCUUUCUCCACCCUUAACUCCACCCAGGGGCGGUCUAGUGUCGCGGCAGGCACCCCUAAUACGCCCAGUGAUUACACAAAUAGCUUACAGUACCAGCAUGGACGGUCAAGUGUGCCGCUCAUGUCACAGACAGGCUACUAUUCAGACUCUAGUAUAAGCACAAAUGGCUACAGUCACGGGCGACUCAGUGCACCUAUUGUGAGCCCGUCUAAUGAAAAGCCUAACACAGUGCCAAACACCCCAGGAUUUGAGUCAACUACGCUGUCGGGCUUAGAAGGUGAUGUUCAGCUGGCAUUUAGUCAGCCAUCAAGUUCAGGACAUAAUGUUCGAAACCUACGGAAUGAUUUAUUAUCAGCGGCGGACAAUAUAACAGGAGCGAUGUCCUCACUGGUGAAGGAACUUAAUUCAGAUCAGAGUGGUAGUGAAGAUGAUGAGGACAACAUAAAUGGUGACCUAGAGAUAGCUGAGAACUACAUGAUGCAAACUAGAGAGGACCUGGAGUCCUGGCAGAAAGAAGUUCAAAAACGUUUAGAUCAGGAAACUAAAUUUGUGACAGAGCUGAGAUCUAAACAACCAAACAGUGGAACCAACAGUAAUCCACGCAGUGGAUAUAACAGUGGAAAUAGAAGUGGAUAUAGUAGUGGUAGCAGGAGUGGAUACAGUAGUGGUAGCAGUUACAGUGAGGAGGAGGAAAGUAAAAACAGAUAUUUGCGGCAUGUAUUUCCACGUGUAGACUAUACAACAGAUGACGGGGAGUCGUAUGUGAGAACAGACGAUGAAAGUUACACUAGAACAGAUGAUGAAGAUGCUGAACUUUAUGAUAAUCAUCCGAAGGAGCUACCAAAUGAGAUGACGUCAAGUCGUCACUCGACAGAGGAAGAAGGAUAUAUACAAUCUGAUGCUGAAUCUUACAUACGGACAGACGAUGAAGAUGGUACAAAUACUGACACAGAUUGGGAGGAAUCAAUGAAAAGAUGGAUAAAUAGAUGAAAAUACACACAAUCACUUGAUGGGCAAGGGGCAAAUAUUAGCUUAAUGAUUAUAGAUAAACUGUUAAUUUAGAUCUGUAUAGUUCUAAUCUGUCAAUGAACAAAUCUGUAUUUAUGUAUAUAGGUAUUAUACAAAAUGCACAAAAACUCUGUCUUAUUGACUCGAUUUGAUCAAGUUUAUAGUCUGAUAUAAAUAUGAACAAAUAUAACUAUUGUUAAUUUAUUUUGUUGCAUGGAAUACCUUUUAUAAAUAAGUUAUUUGUAGUAUGAUAGAAAACUGUUGUUAACUGAUGCUGAAAACAUUAAGAUAAGUAAUUUAUACCAUAUGUCAAGGCUUCAACUUGCCUCCCACACAAUUGCCUGAACUCAAAAUGCCUGAACUAAAACAUCAUGUUAUGACAUUCUAAUAACUAACUUUGAAAUAUGUGACAUUGUUGUUGUUGUCAAAGAACACAAAGCUCUAAAAACAAAAGGCAAAAACGGACAACAUAUUGCUUAGAAAAUUUCAUUGAGCUGAGAUUGUUGUGUGCAUUACUUAAGUUACCACUGGUCAGGUCACUAAGUUUUUCAAAUUUACGUAAAUUUUAGCAAAAUUAAAAAUGUUAAUAGUUUAAUAUUUUAGACUGAUAAGAUAUAAUUGUGAUAUGAAGUUAGUUAUCUAGAAAUAGAUGUAACUGUGUAAUGAAACCCUGAUGGUUAUGUGAAGAUUUUCAUUUACUGUUUACUGUAUACAUGCAGCUACUUUAAAGUGGAACAAACUAAUACACUCUUAAAGUAAGUUAAACGGAAAUUGAGGACUUUUAAAAACAUUUUAGAUAGCAGAAAACGAAAUGACCUGAUUGUUUAUCACAAAAAAACGAUAUCAUGCUAUUUGCUUAUCUUGUUACAUAGCAAAUUUUCAAUUUUUUGUAAAAACUGUUUUCUCUAUAUUAUGCAUGAUUUACUAGAGAAAAGAUAACUCUGUAUUGAUAGAAGCUGAUGAAAAGCAAAAUUUGUCUCCCUUUGAUUAUUUUCAGCCAGCCAUAGACAAAUAUGAAAAAAUUAAUUUGAACAUAACAAAAUGUAAAAUCAGCAGAAAACUGAUCAAAAAAACGCUUUUGAUACAAGUAUGUUCAAAAUGGAACUGCUUUAAAAACAAUUUAUUAAAUUCAAAGUUCUAUGUAGCUUUUAUUAAUUGUCAAUAUUAUAAACCUACAAAUCAUUGUAUUAUUUGUUUUGAUUUAAUCAUAUUUUCUUCAGUUUGUUUUUUGUUAUUUUGUGCUAACUCAGAAAUGAGUCCACCAUUUUCAAUCAUUUACUGCAUUCGUUUUCAUUUUCCUAUUUUAUUGUGUAGUUUUUCUUAGUACACUGAUCCCACACAAGAAAAUUUUUUUUUAGGUUUUCAACCGUAUUUUGUGAAAUAUAUGAAAACCUGUUACAUUCUGUCAAACACAUAUAGCAUUCAAUUAACUACUUUGCUGAUUUAUUAUUACACUUUUAAUCUAGUAUAUAAUAUAUCUUCAUUUACUAGUAAAAUGUUCUCUUUGGGGUUGCAUCCAUGGUUUUCUUUCAGUCCUUCUUCUUAGCUCAAUAAGGAGGCAUUGGAUCUGUAAUCCUGUGGUUGUUAAUCUGGUUCUCAGACAGGACAAAAUUUCUCUUUGAAAAUUGAUUUAGGACAUUGAGUCAAAUGGUAAUUUGAUUCUAACAGCUAAUUCUUAGGUCAUGUUGAAUUAGUAGGCGGUCUCUUGCAGAGAAAUCAGUUGGUUAUUACCGGUUAGUUAUCCAGGAAAGUUGGUUAAAAGAUGGAUUAACUGCCGAGAUAUAACCAGCAAGAGCACCACAUACAGUGUAAACGCACAUCUGUGAAGGACAGCAACUAUAAAUAACCAAUUAUUUACAAAAUUCUUUGUUAAAAAGGGCCAAAACUCCAAAAAUAUGGCUUUCAGAAUCAUGCCCCUUGCCUAACAAAUGCACAUUGUCAUAAUAAGCAAGUAUUCGAUAACUUGUAAAGUAUUCAAAUUAUGAGCUACAUUAAAGUUUUUGCACGAUGACAACAAUGUUGACACAGCAAUAAAUUAAGCUCAACUUUUUCUAGAAAACAGGCAAGCUAAAAUUGUGUCAAAAUUGGCGUUUAAACCAAUCAAACAAUAAUACAUUUUUGUUUUUGUGUUUCAGUGAAAUUAAUUUUUUCUUGUAUUGGAUUGCAUGAAAAAUGAAGCUUGUUUCCUAUUUGAUCAGAUUUCUUAUUUGUCAUUAUUAAUGCCAUAUUAAUUCAUGAAGAUAAUUGUACAAAAUUUAUUUACCCAUACAAUUACCUUUUAGUCUAUACUUAUACCUCAAACUGUGUUUGCCAUUUCACUUUUUAACAUGCAUUUAGCUAAUUAACUUGUUAGUAUUAUUCACCACAAUCAAGAAAAGCUAUUUUAUAUUGUAUUAAAAUAUUGUUUAAAACCUAGUCAGUUAUGGAGAUAAUCUGCAAUGUUCAUUUAUAUAAUUAUCAUUUAACAUUUGCUCCUACAUUAAUAUCCAUGCAAUUGGCACAAACUCCAUGGUGUCAAGAUCUUCUAUAUUUAUUUAAUGUUUCUACAUUUGACUACAAACUGAGCAUUUAAAAGUUCAUACUGCUUAAGUCAUUGACCUUUAACCCCUGUUUUCAUUGUGUCACUAUAGAAUAUAAUAAGCACUGGCUUUUUACAUGUUUUCAUUUUACACUGGAAAAAAAUGUAAUUGAAAAUGUCCUUACCUCUAUAUGUUACACAUGACCCUCUGCUAAAUGUAAUUUUAUUGUGAACACUUUAUAAUGUUUCAUAAAUAUCACUUGCCUCGAUGAAACUAAACAGUGUUUGCCUUACAGGAUGUUUAAGUUGUUUAUUAUUAUAACUGACCACUAGACUUGUUGAUCAUGAUUUGUUACGUUAAAUUAUGUUUCAUACCAUAAAAAGACUUUUUAUUUUAUGCUUUUUUUAUUGUGUUCAUAGUUUUACACAAAUAAUCAGAUUUUUGUUUACAAAAUUUGUUCUGUAUUAUUUCUAUAUUUUUAUAUAGGACUUAAAAAUCUACAUACAUGUACAUGUAUUACGUUUAAAGUAAUUUCUGUUCACAUUAUUAGCUAGUUUUAUCACAGGCAUAUUACUUACCUAUCAUAGUCUGGUUGACAAUGGCUACCAGAUGUUAGACAUUUUAAGAUAGACUGUUCCACCGUUCAGUUUUGCCAUGUUUUUAAGGUAAUUAUUUGCCCUGUAACACCACUAAUCUGUCCCCACAGCAAUAAUGUAACAAAAGGUUGUUUAGAGUACAUAUACAUUGCCUUCAGUCCAAUGAUUUAGAUUCUUCAAAACAACUUUAAUGGGAUAAUGUUUUGAUUAUGAAUCAUGAUAUAUGUUUACUUACACAGUUGCCAUGGCAACCAUAUUCUUUCAUGAUGUUAUAUUGAAAGAUUAUCAUUAAUACUAUAUCUUUUUAAGGAUGUUUUUAUCUGCUUUAUUUUUGAAUUCACCAGAGAUGUAGAUGACUAUAUAGUUAUCUAAGUCUCUGAAUUCAUUUAUUGUAAGUUGCUUUAGUACCAUAGCUGUAAUUUAAAGAAUAGAAAAUAUUAGGAUAAGGAUGUUCUUAGUUUUUAGGAUAGGAAAUUGUUCUGUAGUUCUCUUUGUUGUCACAUUUUGGCAAUAACAUAUCCCACACAGAAAAUGUUUCCAUCUAGUUUAAUAAUUCACAUGUGAUAAAUAGAUAUUUUUCAAUAUUGCACAUAUUGCUGGUUGAUAUCAUUAUAUAUUACACAAGUAAAAAGUACUAAGUGUUAAUUAUUUCGAACACCAAAAUUAUUACAGGCAUGUAAAAAUAAUACUUAAAUGUUGUUCGUUAAGUACUCCUAUACCACUGUAUAGAAAUAUCAACAUUACUGUUAUGAAUUGACUCUAAGUUAUAUUAUUGAUCAAAUGAUUACAUGAUAUUUUAUAAUUUUCAGUUUUUGUAUCAGUCAUGAGAUUUUAAGCCUGAAUAGUCUGAUUAGUAACAUUAGACAUGUGACAUGUUUUACUGCACACCAGAUGUAUUGUCUGUAUAUUGAUCUUAUCAUCAUUUAUUUACCCACCAUUGGCUACAACUCUAACGGCUUAAUAAAAUUAAAACAAUAUUGUAAUUGGUGUAUGCAUUUAUAACUUGUAGUCAAGAAAAUGUGUAAACUAAUGAAAAUGUUACUUUACACGAAUCAGUUUAGUUGGUGUAUACUAAUGAAUUUUAUGUUCAUAAUAUGUAGUCAAGAAAAUGUGUAAACUAAUGAUAAAUUUACUUUACACAAACCAGUAAUAAAGAAAUCAUAAGUGGCUUUGUUAAUGAAACAUUGUGUAACAUUCAAAUGUGAUAUAAAAUUAUAUAUUUAAAAACGUUUAGUCAUACAGUGUAGAUGUUUGGACUUCAUUUGUAGGUUUUCAUAACAAGAAUAAUGUUAGAUGCAGACAUAGUAAUAGUUUACCGUCGGAGAAGUGUCAGAUAUAUAUGUGACAUAUAAUGCUAUUGGUUGUGACAGUUGACGUAAUAUAACUCUACAUUGAUCUUUCUAUGCUGUUAUAUAUGUUACACUCUAUUUUACACGUGUGUGUUCUAUCUCUUGUUGUUAAUGCAUUCAUAGACAAUGUUAAUAAAAAUGAUAUUUAGCUGA